AUGGCCAUACUCGAGCCACGAGGAAGAAACUUCCCACCAACCAGGCUUAUGUGGGGUACGCCUAUGAGGUGCUUGCAAGACAGCCGGGCAAAACGAGAAUCGGAUAGCAGAUGCGGCAGUGCUGCUGAUGAUCAAAGUGGGCAGCAAGCUGGGCCGUUGGCUCCGCGUGCUCCUUCCGCGGCCAGAGUCCACAAGGAAAAGAAGCCACACACGACGGUACGCUCGGAGACGUCGCGGCAGAACGAAACCAGUCCGGAUACGAGCCAGGUAUUCGGACCGAGGGGGGCGGGCAUUGGUCGAUUAGGCACCAGGGAGCAACAAACACACGUUAGGGCAUUAGGUGAACGACGUCCUCUACAAACUACACAGGCACUUACAGCAACGCUUCUUCAGAGAGUCAGGGACUGCUCAGAUUUCACCAACGGAGAAGAUACUGCGGAAUAUAACAGCGGAGGUGGGACUGCAAGCCAGUCAUGUAUUCCUCAACCGUGGGGGAGCUUCCCGCCUCCUGGAGUACAGAUGGAACCCCAGCAGAGACACCACCGUCGCAAAAGACGGUGUAUCGUCAAACGUCACGGCUGCAAUGAUGGCUAA